AUGACUGAAUGGUGUGUCGAGAAUUUGCGUGAUUGUCAGGCCUGGAAAACUGAAGGUAUUCAAAUUUCAACCAAUUCUAAUGAAGCAGCACGUCUAUUUGACGCUGUUUUGCGUCAGUACGUUUCUUGGUGUGAGUGUGCUCAAUUAGAUGGAAUGAAUAAAACGCUUAGCAAAAUGAUUGAAGCAGAACCAAGUGCCAUAAUGAGUCGAGUGAUAUCGUUGGGAUUGGAAGCAAUGGGAACAGGACGAUCGGUACGACUGGACGAAAAUUAUCGAAAUGAUUUGGAACAAUUAGUAAAAGAUGCAUGUAAAUAUGGUACCACAUAUGAGAAGAAUCAUGCAAAAGCUAUUCAUAUGUUCGCUAAUGACAAAAUGUUAGCAGCAUGUGAGCAAUGGGAAAAAAUUUUGAAUCAAACACCAAACGAUUUGUUAGCGUUAAAAUUUGCGCAUGAUGCAUAUUUUUAUUUGGGUAAUAAGCAACUUCUUCGUGAUAGCAUUGGCCGAGUAUUCCCGAAAUGGAAACCAACAAUGCCUUGCUAUAG